CUCACAAUAAACAUAUUUCUAAGUAGAGUUAUUUUGGAGUUACAGAUGGACUAGAACCAAAAUAGAGCAUAUUACAAGGAAGAAAAUCAAGAGUAUAUCUUGCAGGGGCCUAAAACAAAGUGUGUCAUUUUUGUCAGGACUAAAAUCAUAUUUAAAACUUUAAUUUAUUUUUAUUGUGUUUACACACACAUGUGUGGGCGUAUAUCCAUUUUUUAUGCCUCAGCCAUACGCAUCAUUGCUCAAUGAGGCUGAUGCAAUAUGUAUGUAAUUCUAAAAAAUCGUUACGACUACGGACUACGCAACUUCAAACUUUGUCCCUACUACUUUUGUAUUAAAUAUAUUGUGUCAACUCUAUUGUAACAAACAUUUCAAUACAGGGGAGUAUCUAUCUAUCUAUCUUUCAUGCGUAAUUUAUAAGCUAUAUAGAUCCUUAUGAAUACAACAUGAACACCCAAUAGAUCCUUUGAAACAAAAUUGUGUGUUAUAAUAAAUCCGAAAAUGCAGUGACAAUCUAAAGAUACUGUCUAUCCCAAUAUACGGUGUGAAAAUCAAGUCUUGAAUAGGCUUGAUGGCCUGCUAGGAUAAUCUUUAUCAAACUGCCUUUAUGCAUGUUAAUGUAUAAUUCCGUUUUUUGUUUCUCAUUGUGUUAAUUGAAUUUAAUGUCACCUGCCCGGAACAAUGAGUUGGUUGAGAUGAAUGGGUGUGUUAAUGAGAUGGGAGAAUUUGUGUGUGAAUAUACAGGUGAACAAAGAGUGAGAGCAUUCACUGGAACAUAUGGGAUUAAUUACGGAAGGGUAGCAAAUAACAUCCCUUCGCCAGAUAAAGUGGCUAAACUGCUUAGAGCAGCAAAGAUCAAGAAUGUUAGGAUUUAUGAUGCAAACCACAGCGUGAUUAAAGCUUUUGGAGGGACUGGGCUUGAGUUAGUGGUGGGGCUUCCGAACAGCGAAGUGAAGGGCGUGAGCUCAAAUGCGGGUCGUGCACUGGAUUGGGUAAAAGACAAUGUGCAGGCAUUCAUUCCUCACACCGACAUCGUUGGGAUUGCUGUGGGUAAUGAAGUUCUUGGAGGGAGUGAUGAUGAUGAUGAUGAUGAACUGUCUGCAGCCUUGUUACACGCUGUGAAAAACAUACACAAUGCCACCCAAAAGCUGGGGAUUAGUGACGCUAUUCAGAUAACAACUGCCCAUUCACAAGCUGUCUUUGCUAAUUCCUACCCCCCUUCCUCCUGCACUUUUAAAGAGAGUGUAGCUCACCUCAUGAAACCACUUCUACAAUUUUUCUCCGAGAUCAGGUCCCCCUUCUGCUUAAACGUGUAUCCCUUCUUGGCGUACACAUAUAACUCCGACAAGAUUGACAUCAACUAUGCCCUACUCGGUAUAAAUAGGGGUGUUUUUGACAAUAAAACUCAUCUUCAUUAUGACAAUCUACUCGAUGCUCAAAUUGAUGCGGCAUAUGCUGCUUUGGAAGAUGCCGGAUAUAGAGAAACAGAUGUUAUCGUUACAGAAACCGGUUGGGCUUCACACGGGGGGAUAAACGAACCUGCUGCUACAAAGGUUAAUGCUAGGACAUACAAUUACAAUCUGAGGAAAAGACUUGCAAAGAGGAAGGGAACUCCAUUGAGGCCCAACACAGUCCUCAAGGCGUAUAUAUUUGCCCUUUUCAAUGAAAAUUUAAAGCCAGGACCGUUUUCCGAGAAGAACUAUGGAUUGUUUAAAGCUGAUGGGAGGAUUUCUUAUGACAUUGGCUUUUCUGGACUCUCUAAUUUGGUGUCAAAGGCUGAAAAGAGAGGAGGACAAGCGCUUUGGGAAGACAUUUCUUAUAACAUGUUUUUUGCCACAUAACUCUUUUGGAGUCUCUUUUGGGUCACUAAGAAGAUAUUACUUAGAGUGUUACAAGUCCUAGCUAGCUUUUCAUAUACCAUCUAUCUCAACACAUUGUCGUCUCGUGAAAUCUCCACUCAAGUGGCAAAAAUCUAGAGCGAUGAUUGGUUUGAAACUUAGUCUCAUAAAUCCUUCAUAAGAAGCUAAGGUUGUUGUCAUGUAAAACUAUGUCAUUGCUUUUUGGACAACUAAAUGAAUAGGUCACUUUUUUGUUUGUUCAUUUUCAUUAUUCAAUACUCAUUCGCUGUUGAAUGUGCAACGUUGCAGGGAAUCAUGCAUGCCUCAGGUGUCCCAUCAACCAACGUUGGCCAUAUGGGUGUUGCUUUGACUUUUUUUACCUUUAUAGUUAUGAACCUGUUUUGAUCAUGUAUUCAUGUUAUCCUAGCAUUUUGAAGUUAUAUAGAUGAUCCUUGAUGUUCAAUUUCGUAUCCAUGACAUUAGAGGUGUGUCUCUAUGUAUACAUAUACAAUGAUAUAUAAUCAUGGAAGUAUGUUAAAUUUGGUAUAUAUUUGCACUUAACUAUGAUAUUUAAAUCAUGAACUUUAGGAUACACAUACACAAGAAUGGAAAACAAAAAUUUACUCGAUCUUGUAUGGCACAUGUGUGAUGUUUGAAUAUUCAAUGAGAUUGAGAUUUUCUCUAGG